UUCCCGAAAUUGUGCUAGUAAUUUCGAUUCGGCUUUUGUAAAUAAAGUUAUUUCUCAUUUUAACGUGAUAUCAGUGCAACAGCAGAAUUCCAAUGGAACGCCGAACGAAGUUAAGAACCCUAAACAUGCACAUUACGUGCGAAAUUUGCAGUGGCUAUUUCAUCGAUGCAACCACCGUCACGGAGUGUCUGCAUACGUUCUGUAAAAGUUGCCUUGUUAAGCAUCUGGAGGAGUCCAACACCUGUCCCACUUGCAAUAAUGUGAUCCACCAGUCGCAUCCCUUGCAGUACAUCAGCUUCGAUCGCACAAUGCAGGAUAUUGUGUUCAAAUUGGUGCCAAACUUGAUGGAAAAUGAGAUGCAACGGGAACGUGAAUUCUACAAGUCUCGCAACUUGCCCUGCCCGAAGGAUCUGCCACUGUUGCAGCAGGAAAGUGACGAUAAGGCAAACGAACUGGCCCAUCAGCAAGCUGACUACCAUCGACUGGACAAACAGGUCAACCUAUGCUUGGAGAGCAUAAGCAACAAUCUGCGCCACCUCAAGCGGCGUUUCAUUCGCUGCAGUUCGCAGGCAACAAUUACUCAUCUGAAAAAGUUCAUUGCCAAGAAGCUUCUUAACGGGAUCGAGCGCUACAAAGAUAUCGACAUCCUGUGCAACGACGAGCUGCUCGGUAAGGAUCACACCCUACAGUUCGUGUACGUCACCAGGCAGCGGUUCAAGGAACCUCCCCUGCGGCUGCAGUAUCGUCCCCGGGUCGAACUUUAAGUUAACACUGCCCGUUUUUGGAGGGAGUGUUUAAGACUUUCAAACUUUGGACAGCGGUUGUUUUGGAGAUGUAUUUGGUUUUGUUUUCUGUCCUUAAUUCACAUUAGUUUUUAAGCGGAGAAAGAAUCAAAUUUCGUUCAGUACUUCCCAACCUUGUUUCAGAAGAUUUAAUUAAAUUCAUCUUAGAUAUCAGCCAAUUUAAUUCAGUUGUAUGACAUUUGAUAUUUUUAUAUAUGGCGCUAUCAACUUAUCGUAGUUUCGCAAAAAAAACAAGGUCUAUUCUAGGUGAGUCGAAUGAUCAUAGGCGUGUUUUAACCUUCUGCGACUGACUAAAGUUAUUCUGGUAAACAGGGUAAUUCCUAUCGAUAUUUGUUUUAGCAAAAAUGGAUUUUUAUUAUUUUAUAGAUAUUAACAAUAUUUUUAAACUUACAGGCUAGUGCCAACAGUAGGAAAAUAGACAAAAAUAUUUAGUUUUUUAGUUUGUGAUUAUCAAACUUUGAUAAACAGUUGAACAACUGCAGAAGGUUAUUUACCCGGCUUAAUCUCAACCCACCUCUUAAUACACCUAUACCUACUAUAAAUGUAUUAUGCAAUACUCUGUAAU